GCUUCUGGAGUAACAGUGAAUGAUGAAGUCAUAAAGGUGUUUAAUGACAUGAAAGUAAGGAAAUCUUCAACCCCAGAGGAGAUUAAAAAAAGAAAGAAAGCCGUUCUCUUCUGCUUAAGUGAUGACAAAAAACAAAUAAUUGUAGAGGAGUCAAAGCAGAUACUGGUUGGUGACAUUGGAGAUACUGUGGAGGACCCUUAUACAGCCUUUGUGAAGUUGCUACCUUUGAAUGAUUGCCGAUACGCUUUGUAUGAUGCCACAUAUGAGACAAAGGAAUCUAAGAAAGAAGACCUGGUAUUUAUAUUCUGGGCUCCUGAAAGUGCACCUUUAAAAAGCAAGAUGAUCUACGCAAGCUCUAAAGAUGCCAUUAAAAAGAAAUUUACAGGUAUUAAACAUGAGUGGCAAGUAAAUGGUUUGGAUGAUAUUAAGGACCGUUCAACACUUGGAGAGAAAUUGGGAGGCAACGUGGUAGUUUCACUUGAAGGAAAACCCUUAUAAAAAGACAGACAAGUGCCAUCUGGAUCUAAGGAGCUUCCAUUUCUGCAGCUCGUUCAAUUGGAAUAGUAUUAGUCUCCCUGUCCCCUUUCCUUCUCAAAAAAAUAAGUCCUUUCCCUAAUGCCCCUGAAGGAGAUGUCAUUGUUAAGCAGUCUACCAGUGAUUGCCAUUAGACUGUUUAAUCCUGGUAGUUUUACGUAGGAUCCAAGGAAUGCUUUCACGUCAUACUCUUAGCCAAAACUGACGUUGCAGGCGUUCCUUGCAACAUGUACAAUGAAUGUGAUAGUUAAUGUGAAUAGUCUAGCAGACAGCAAAGGGUAAGCUAAUUGAAUGCCUUGAAAGUAUUGUCCACUGGUCGGAUGGUAGACUCUAUACAGUAUUACUUACAGUUGCACUUGAUUGCAGUUCCAUGAGGCUCUUGUGCAUUCAUACACCUCACCUGCCUUGACAAGCCUAUUUUUGUGACAUGGCAGCACACAACACUAUGCAUUUAAAGCACUUUUUUGUAAUAUGUUUGACCUGCGCCCCCCCUCAAAGGAAUGCCAAUUAAGUUGCUGUAACUGUGUCAUCAAAUUAUUGUAGUACCUCAGUUUCAUUCCUGUUACAUGCAUAUCUUUAUAAACGAAGUAGCUGUUACGAUGCCUUUUGUUUUCCAUUGAAUGUACACUACUGAACAGGAGUAGAAGUUAUCUGUUUACCAUGUGAGUCUUGAAACACUAAAGUUUUGUAAAACAUCAGUCAUGGUGGCAAUUUCUGUAUUAAAAAGAGCCUUAAAUGGAACAUUGUUCUUUGAGAUCAAAAACUGGCCACGUUGCAAUAAAACUUGUGGCAUAUUACAGAAUGUUGCCUUGUUUUCAUUGGAAAAUACAGUUUUUAAGUAUGUUUAAUUUAAGCAUAUUUCAAAUAACUUCUGUGGAAAGUAUUGUAAAGACAAAAGAUCAUUAAUCUCAUCUUAAAUAAUGCAAGUUUUUCAUUCCUAAUCAUGAUUUAGGCACUCCUUUACAAUACUUUGUGGCUCUGUUCUGAUCAUUCGAUAAAGGACCUGAUCCUAGUUUACCGUUAAAGAAGCUACCACUACUAGAGACCAUUAGUUCCAUGACAUACUUGUGUCAGAAACGUAAAAAACACGAAUUAACCACGCAGUGUGUUUCGUACCUGAAUGUUCUUAAAGUUCUACGUGUCAGAGUAAAACCUUGCACGAAAUCUUACAGCUCGCUGUCUUUUUUUUUUUUUUUUUUUUUGUUGGUAGGAUGAUGUGUAGUGACAGUUAUAUGAUAUGCAAAUAUGAAUCUGGUAAAUAAUUUUUGCUUCUCGAGUGUUGCAGUUAAGAUGGACUUGGUACAAGAAAUAGCCUAAAUGAACCGUUCUACUUUGUUAGCUUCUAUGUAAAUAGAACUGGAAAAGUGUUUGCCACUACUAAGGCUUGUGUCGGGGACGUGUUUUGGCUGGGAGCCAGAUAAUGCUGUCCUUAUAGAGAAUUUGAUCUGCUCUGUGUGAGCAAUCCUCCGUUAGCCAGAGCUAUUUAUGGCAAACACAUGCUUUUGUAUCUUGUCAUCGUUAUCCACAAAUGGCAAAACUGGACAUGAUUCUCCUGGUAUGCAUAAAGGAGCGCUGUUAGGCAGCCACUCGCAGCUGAACUGUACAUGCUGCUAGAAGGAAUGCUCAUUAUCAUUACCUUAUUUUAAAAAGUUGUUAGAGUAGAACUGUGGAGCUUUUCAGCUUGGGCCCUUUAUGUUCAGUCCAUAACCCUUUCUCAACAAGGAAGUGGAUAAUCGUAAAAAAUCUUUUUUUUCCUUUUUUUUUUUUUUCAUAGUUUAAAUAACCUAGUGGUACUGUGUUUAGGCUUUCUUGUCCUGUAGAACUUUAAGACUUUGUUUCAGGCUUCUGGCUAUCCCUAUGACUUGCACACCUCAUUGUGUUAGCUGUUCUAUGUAGACUAAACUUUACUAGAAUUAAAAAGGCAUGAUGACCACUGACUUACUAAGUGUAUUAAUGAGUCUUUGUUUUGUUCUACAAAACUCUCCUUUCAGGUACCUUUUAAGGUUGAGAAGUAACUGAUGGUAUGCAUGUUGUCUAGAU